ACAGGUGCCGAGCACGGGCCCCUCCCCCUCCCCUCCCCCUCCUUUGUCCGUCCCCGUCGCCCGUAGCCGUUCUGGUUCGAGCAGGGGUUUAGCUCAACCAGGACACCCUCACGACACCCUCACUCCGUUCGCCGCCACUCGCGAUGCCGGAGCCGCAGCCGCGACGCAGCCGCGACAGGCGCAGCCGACCCAGAGCCCCGGCGCGCGAGCGGUCCCGGAGCCGCAGCCGCGACCGGCGGGGCCGCCGUGACAGCGGCCGCAGCCGCGAGCGCUCCGGCCCGCACUCUGGCCGCGGUGAUGGCGCCCCUCGCGCCCCUCCCGCACCCGCCGCUGCUGCCGCAGGGCGCGGCCCGACUAAAAAACCGAUGAAGGGCUCAGCAGAGCCGGCCGCCGGCCCGAGGAAACCGACGACUGGCUCAGUAGAGCCGGCCGCCGACGCAGCCGCCGGACCUUCUGGCGAACAACAGCUUCUCCAGCGGCAGACGCAGGCCUGGCUCCAGUACCAGGCGCUCCACCAAGCGGCGCUCGCAGCGGCGCUGGCGGCACCCCCACGCGGGCUCGACUGGACGACGCCGGGCUUCCAGACGCCGCCGCCGCUGGCGGCCGGAACGAAAGGGGGCGCCGCCGCUGCUUGGCCAACGGCGCCCUCGCAGGGCGACGGGGCUGGCACCGCCGCCGCUGCUUGGCCCGCCUCGGCUACCGCCGCCGGCUGGCUACCGACGGCUCCGACAGCGCCAGCGCCCUCGGCAGGGCUUGCUACAGGGGCUCCGCCUGGGAAGCCCGGCGCCGCCGCCGGACCGGAGCACUGGGCGGCCACGGCGGCAGCGGCCGCCGCCACCGCCGCCUGGCCCGGCACGGCGCACGCAGCACCAGGCGCGCUCUCGACAGGGCCAGCGACGGGGGCGCACGCGGCCGCGAAGCCCGGCGCCGCCGCCGCCGCCGCCUGGCCCACAGCCGCGCCCCUGCCGGGGGUGGUGGUGGGCACGGCUGCCGCCACCGCCUGGCCGGGCACGCUGCCCGCGCCUUGGACUGGGCUUGCCGCUGGCGCGCCCCCACCCACGCCCGGCGCCUGGACGGGCAGCACGGCGCCCGCAGCAGCAGAAGCGCCCUGUGCAGGGCUUGCUGCGGAGGCGCACGCGGCCGCGCCCGGCGCCGCCGCAGCCACUGGGCCACCGCCCCCGCCGGGAGGGGCGGCCACGGCUGCCGUCACCGCCUGGCCUGGCACGGCGCCCUCGCCCUGGGCAGGGCUCGCGGCCAGGGCGCCUCCGACGGCCGGCGCCGCCGCCAAGCCGCCGACCGCGCCCGCCGCGGGGUCGCUGCUCUCGCUGGGGAAGGGGGCCGCCGACGCCGCCGCUUGGCCGCCCGCGGCAACCGCCGCCUGGCCGGCCGCGGCGCUUCUGGAAGCAGCGCCCUUGGCAGGGCUGGCUGAGGGGCUGCCCCCGACGCGCGCCGCGGCGGCCGCCCCGCGGGCGGAGGGCGGGCCGGCCUGGGCCAGCGCGACGGCAGGUGCCGCACUCCCAGCGCCGCCGCAGGGGCCACUCGGGGCGAAGCAGGACGGGCUGCCGCAGGCGCUGGGCUUCGCCGGGCACUCCCGCGCGCCGGAGCAGCAGCCGCGCCCGACCUUGCAGACGGCUCCGGAGGCGCUCGGGGCAGGACCGGGAGGGCUGGGGGCCGCCGCCUGGAAGGGCAACCCGGCUGCCCCUUUCCCGGCGGCGGCGCCGAAGGCCACUGGACCGCCCCCGGGGGGGCCCGCCGCGGCGGCAGCGGGCGCCGCCGCGCUUGAGGACGGCGCGGGCUUCACGGAGUGCUUCGCGGACGCCGUCCGGGAGGCCCUCGACCGCGUCGAGGCCGACGGGGCUGAGCCGCGGGACGCGGUGGAGGCGGUCGCCGCGAUCGUCCAGAGGGCGACCGCCGCUCUCGAAAGCGGCGCGCCCCUCCCCGCCCAGGGGGCGAGCGCUGAGGCCGGGGCCCGGCCGGCAGCAGAGGGCCCGCCCGCGCAGGAGGUGGAGUUCGCGGGGAAAGUGGAGAGCCAGCUGGGAAUGGCACGGCGCCUGGCCAGCUUCGGCACCAUCCAGGUCCGCGUAGAGACGGUCGAGCGCGAGGCCGGCCGGAUCUUUCACAGGGCCCAGCCGGGGGAGUGGACGGCGUCCGAAGGCGGGGACGACCGGAAAUGGGUGUUGCGCCUGCGCAUCCCGUCCAGGGCGACGAAGAGGGUCAUCACCAAGGUGAGCGUGCAGGCCGACGCCUCUACAGGCGUCCUGCACUGGAUCGCCGCCUUCGGCGCCGUGUCCCGGGUCAGCGCGACGCUCACGACGUACAGCACCGGGCGUGGCUCCAUGCACGCCUUCCUGGUGCCGCCCGGCUGA